CUUAAGGAACUGUUGUCAGGACAGGGCAGAGGAUUGCAGUAAUUAUCACUCUCCGCUAAUGAGGACCAGGCCGUGGUUCACUCGAACCCCGCCCCAGUAGUAAUCUAAUUCCAACCGCGGCUCUCUCAGAAGUCGGUCUCCCGUCUUCGCGCCUCAGCCUCUCUGGACUCCAGCCCCCAGAAGGCGGCGCGGCACGGCGUGACCUGCGCAGUGGCGUCCGUUGUAAGUGCUAUGACAACAGGGCGAAGAUGGCUCAGAGUUAGGCUGGAGAGGGGAGGUGUCCCUUCCCCUGCGGCCGUCGGGUUUCUGCUACACACCAUUCGCCGCCUCCUCCAUCCUUUCCUCCUCUGUGUGAGCAGCAGGACUUGCAUUUGUUUUCGCCUGCCUAGUGUCUUCCAAGGGAUAGAUGCCGUUUCCUCUGCUGGUCUCUGGGGGUGACGGGGGGCGCAGGGGAGCUUCUUGGGGGAAUCACUCCAACUCUGUGGAGCUGGUGGUGCUGCCUGGUGGGGCUCUCUCUUUGCCCGGUACGUGGAACAACUUUCAGCUGGAAGACGAGAGGGACUAGUGAAGCUAAAGGUUGCUUUUCUCUGCACCCUCCGUUUUUGCUCCCUCUGUUCCAUCACUGGGACCUUGUCAGGCGUUCGUAAAGAAAAAUUUGCGGAACGAGGGUUCGCAGAAAGGUGGGGCAGAGCUCAUCUGACGUGGCAUCAGUGUGAAAGAAAAUGUCUUUAUUUAAAGCCCGUGAUUGGUGGUCUACUAUUCUGGGAGAUAAAGAAGAAUUUGAUCAAGGCUGUUUGUGUCUGGCUAAUGUUGACAAUAGUGGAAAUGGACAAGAUAAAAUAAUUGUGGGUAGCUUUAUGGGAUACCUAAGGAUCUUUAGCCCCCAUCCUGCAAAAACAGGAGAUGGAGCUCAAGCCGAAGAUUUGCUUCUAGAAGUGGAUCUACGAGAUCCAGUACUUCAAGUGGAAGUAGGAAAGUUUGUUUCAGGUACUGAAAUGCUACAUUUGGCUGUGUUACAUUCUAGAAAACUUUGUAUCUACUCUGUCUCAGGAACCUUGGGUAAUGUGGAACAUGGGAAUCAAUAUCAGAUAAAAUUGAUGUAUGAACAUAAUCUUCAGAGAACAGCCUGCAAUAUGACCUAUGGAUCAUUUGGUGGUGUAAAAGGUCGAGAUUUAAUUUGCAUCCAGUCUAUGGAUGGGAUGCUGAUGGUAUUUGAGCAGGAGAGCUAUGCUUUUGGAAGAUUUCUCCCUGGCUUUCUUCUGCCUGGUCCUCUUGCCUACAGUUCCCGUACAGAUUCCUUCCUUACUGUCUCUUCCUGCCGACAAGUGGAAAGUUAUAAGUACCAGGUACUUGCUUUUGCAACAGAUGCAGAUAAAAGGCAGGAGACUGAACAGCAAAAACUUGGUUCUGGAAAAAGACUAGUUGUGGAUUGGACUCUAAAUAUUGGAGAGCAAGCCCUUGACAUAUGUAUUGUCUCUUUCAAUCAGUCAGCAUCCUCUGUUUUUGUUCUUGGUGAGAGAAACUUUUUUUGCCUUAAGGAUAAUGGACAAAUUCGAUUCAUGAAGAAGCUUGAUUGGAGCCCAAGUUGUUUUCUGCCAUAUUGCUCAGUUUCUGAAGGAACAAUAAAUACUUUGAUUGGAAAUCAUAAUAACAUGUUGCAUAUUUAUCAAGAUGUGACACUGAAGUGGGCCGCCCAACUUCCCCACGUUCCUGUAGCAGUAAGAGUGGGCUGUUUGAAUGAUUUAAAGGGAGUGAUAGUCACUCUGAGUGAUGAUGGUCACUUGCAGUGUUCAUACCUGGGGACAGAUCCUUCUCUGUUCCAAGCUCCAAAUGUUGAAUCUCGAGAACUAAACUAUGAUGAACUUGAUGUAGAAAUGAAAGAACUUCAGAAAAUCAUCAAAGAUAUUAACAAAUCACAAGGUGUUUGGCCCAUGACUGAGAGAGAAGAUGACUUGAACGUUUCUGUCGUGGUUUCUCCUAACUUUGAUUCAGUUUCUCAAGCGACCGAUGUUGAGGUGGGAACUGACCUUGUCCCUUCUGUCACGGUGAAGGUCACACUGCAGAACAGAGUGAUAUUGCAAAAAGCCAAAUUAUCAGUCUACGUGCAACCACCAUUAGAAUUGACUUGUGAUCAGUUCACCUUUGAAUUUAUGACACCAGAUUUGACUAGAACAGUAAGCUUUUCUGUUUAUCUGCAAAGAAGUUAUACACCGUCAGAAUUGGAAGGAAAUGCUGUUGUUUCUUAUUCCAGACCAACAGAUCGAAAUCCUGAUGGCAUUCCACGAGUUAUCCAAUGUAAAUUUAGACUUCCCCUAAAGUUAAUUUGCCUACCAGGUCAGCCUUCAAAAACUGCAAGCCACAAAAUUACUAUUGAUACCAACAAAUCUCCAGUCAGUCUUCUUAGUCUCUUCCCAGGUUUUGCAAGUCAGUCAGAUGAUGAUCAGGUGAAUGUAAUGGGUUUUCACUUCUUAGGAGGUGCUCGAGUUACUCUUCUUGCUUCCAAAACUUCUCAACGAUAUCGCAUUCAGAGUGAACAAUUUGAAGAUAUUUGGCUCAUAACCGAUGAGCUUAUUCUUCGCCUUCAAGAAUAUUUUGAAAAACAGGGAGUCAAAGAUUUUGCAUGUUCUUUUUCUGGAUCUAUACCCCUUCAAGAAUAUUUUGAGUUGAUUGAUCAUCAUUUUGAGCUACGGAUAAAUGGUGAAAAAUUAGAAGAACUCUUAUCUGAGAGAGCUGUACAAUUUCGGGCCAUUCAACGCCGGCUAUUAGCAAGAUUCAAAGAUAAAACUCCUGCCCCUCUUCAACACCUGGACACCUUGUUAGAUGGAACCUACAAGCAGGUAAUUGCUCUAGCAGAUGCAGUGGAGGAAAACCAAGGCAAUCUGUUCCAGUCAUUCACCAGGCUGAAGAGUGCCACCCAUUUGGUGAUUCUGCUGAUCGGGCUAUGGCAGAAGCUUAGUGCUGACCAGGUUGCUAUUCUGGAAGCGGUAUUUCUGCCGCUACCAGAAGACACUCAAGAAUUGGGCUGGGAAGAAACGGUGGAUGCCGCCAUUUCCCACCUGUUGAAGACUUGCCUGUCGAAGAGUUCUAAGGAGCAGGCUUUGAACCUCAACAGCCAGCUGAACAUACCCAAAGACACAAGCCAGCUGAAGAAACAUAUCACCUUGCUCUGUGACAGAUUAGCCAAAGGUGGCCGUCUCUGCCUAAGUACCGAUGCAGCAGCCCCACAGACCAUGGUCAUGCCAGGGGCCUCUCUGUUCACUGCCCACUUGGCUUCACUUUUGAUAGAGGAAGAGAGAAACUCCUGGAGACAAUUGUGAGAUAUUGGAAACUCGAAGAGUUUAUGGGAAAAAACCUUAUUUAAAAAAAUUUCCCCAGUGUAAUCAUAAGAAGGACAUCAGACAAAUUCCAAUAGAAAAGUAUCAUGCAAUAUACCUGACCAGUACUCCUCAAACUGUCAAGGCUAUCGAAAACGAAGUCUGAGAAAUUAUCACAACCAAGAAGAGCCAAAGGAGACAUGACAAUGAAUGUUAUGAAGUAUUCUGGAUAGCAUCCUGAAAAAGACAAAGGACAUUAAGUAAAAAUGAAAAAAUCUGAAUAAACUAUGGACUUUAGUUAAUAAUAAUGUAUCAAUAUUGGUUCAUUAGUUGUAACACAUGUACCACACUAAUGAAAGAUAUUAAUAGGGGAAGCUAUGCAGAGGAUAUAUAGGAAUUCUCUGUACUAUCUGAUAAAUUUUUCUGCACAUCUGAAACUAUUCUAAAAAGUAAAAUCUGUUAGCGAAAAUAUUUUUUACCAUUAUCCAACAAGAAAGAACAUUUGUCACAGUUGGGCAAAAACUAUGCUUUUAAACUUAUGAUAAUAACACCAUAGGAUAUUCUGGUAGUAAUACUGUAAGAUAAGACAUCUGGCAGUGUUAAAUGCCUCUAGGAAGUUUGAAAAUUACGAUACUGUAUGCAGAGAAGCUUUCCAUGAGCCUUAGAUUAGGCCAGGGUUGCCAAACUACUUAUGGCCCACAGGCCAAACCUGGCCCAACACCUGUUUUAGUAAAUAAAGUUUUAUUGGAACACAGCCAGUGCUCAUUCACAUUUAUGUAUUGACUAUGGCUGCUUUUGCACUAUGACGGCAAAAUGGAAUAGUGGUACCAGAGACCAGAUACCAGAUGGCCCACAGAGCCUAAAAAAUAUUAACUAUCUGGCCAACCCCCUGGUUUAGGCUAUUUGAAUUACAAAGUAGGUUUUGAGGCAAGCUAGCUAAGAGGCCCGAUUCAGCUGGAGUAGAAUCAAAUAUUGGAACCCAGCAGAUCAAGUAGCAGGAGAGAUAUUAGGCAGGGCUUGAGUAAAAUAGAUUAGCCAACUCCCUAGGUGGCCAUCUGGUUAAGGUUUUCAGGCACUUUUCUCUUUGCUGGCAGCUGUCUUUGGCCCUAGGGAUAUAUCAGUUUGUUUGAAACCUACCCUGCCAAACCCCCACCUUAGGGACUUUAUCUUGACCUGUUUAUCCUACUCUUCUUUUGGUGUUCCUGACUUUGGCCUGAAAAUAGGACUUCAGUUGUGUUUCAAUGUGCCAGGCACUAUGCACAUUCAUCUCUCUCCCUUAUGAAGCAGGGCUACGUUAGUCUCUUAGAAGAUGCGGAAACUGAGACAGAUUUUAGUGAAAUAACUUGCUCAAGAAGGCCACUUAACUAAUAAAUGUGGAGCCAUGAAUCCAGACUUCAAAGCGUAACCUUAACCUCCAAAUACCAUCCCCACUGUCAGUGCUAGAACUGGCUUGCACUAGCUAGUGAGAACCAAUUGCUGAAUUUUUAGAAAUUUUGUGAGUCAAUUGUUAAAUAUAUAGGCAUUAUUAAAAAUUGUAUAAACUUACAAUGAAAUAAAUCA